UGCUCCGCGUGAGCAUAGUAGUACUGUACUUACGGUCACCUUGGCUAGCGUACUAUUCGACGCAAAAGCACUAAAGACGGCGAGGAUCCUCCUAACAGUAACACUACAGCAUGCCUUGCCUGCGAACCAAAAUGUCACCGUGGUUGUACGUAUAAGCACGGCGCAGUCGCAAGUUACAACAAUGUCCAAGGCAAAGUGUACGGUAUUUCGCACAGAGCCCUUCGAGUGCAAUGUCGCAGUAGUAUGUCGUGGCCUAUCCAACAGUCUAAAAGACCAGGCACUACGGGGCAGCUUUGAUGAGGAAGUUGACCUGGAUCUAGCCAACAGCCAACAUAAAGAGUACCUGUCAGCCCUGCAUAAGAUUGAGAAUCUAGCUUUCAGCGAGAUAGAGCCCAGAGAGGACCUGCCUGACUGUGUAUUCGUGGAGGAUUGCGCUGUUGUGGUCAGCGGCGUGGCCUUGAUCACCAGGCCUUGUGCACCCUCACGCAGAAAAGAAACUUUGCUUCCGACAUCAGUAAGGAGUUUGGCAUAGAAAAAUGAGCAAAUUGACGAUCAAGCUUGGCGAGCGGAGCAGUCUCCUGAACAUCAGUGUCAGCAAUUAUGAAGAGGCCAUCAAAAGUCGCGAACCAGAUGUGAUGCUUUCUAAUCCUGGAGGGAAUGAAAUUUCAAACAGGAAGAUUAAGUCCAGAAAAAGCAGCUGAAGGAGGAGUAUAUGUACAUCCAGCGGGUCUGCCUCAUUUUGGCAACAGAGCUGAAGUAGCAGCGAUAAAACAAACGCCGUCAGAUGUUCCUGUGAUGCUGUGUAGAUUUGGUGUCCUACAAUGGCAGACAUAUUGUAAAUGGAUAGAUUGACAAGGAAGCUCCAGACCAGAUAUAGGCUGCAUCAUCCGAGGGCAGCAAAGGACAACCGUACCUGUCGCACAAGAAUGGCGGGGGUUUCUUCAGCUCGAAGGAUUGCACAACCAAGCAACAACAGCCGUGGGUAGUUACGUCAGGGAAAAAAACGAUGGUCGUCUGCUCCGCAUACUGGAAAGCACCACCAUGAAAUCAAGCCCAUUCAUUUUAUCACCAAACAGGCGAGUGUUUUCAACAACAAGGCUGACAUUGGGUAGACUAUGUAAUAGACCAUGGCAAUAACCAUUGUCUAAUGCAUUUGAGCAGAUUGGCUGAUUAAUUAUGCCAGACAACCACUUCUUGACCUCCAGAUUUUGACCAAUCAGCAUGUGCUUUCUAUAUCCGGUGUUUGGUCAUUCAUCCAUUGCACAUCAUAAACAUGGAAGAAGAAAAAAAUCCUGUGUCACGCCCUCUGUAUCAUGUCAAGCGAUAUGCACCCGGCUGCCGUUGAAUUACAAAACACUGCAUUCAAAUUGACCAAUCAAACCACUAGACCUGAUUUGGGAAUAAAAUGACAGGUUGGCUGGUCUAGGUGUUGAGGUUCACUGGGAAACAGACUUCGUCGUGGCCGGAUCCGCGUUUUGCCCGAAAUUUACCAAUUAUAUUUCACAACAUCUUUAUGUGACUAGAUUGUUUAUUAUGUAAUUUGAAUCUCAAUGAAGGCAAUACUACUACCAAUUUGCAUGUGAUUUUAAGUGGUUAUUCUGGGGAAUUUGGCAGAUUUUUGAUAAAUCUGACUUAUUUAUGAUGUACAUUUAGCAGAAUUUGGCUCUGACCCUAGGGUCACCCUGGGUGCAAGUGCUAUCGUUUUGGUCAGUCCUGCACAACUUUAUGCAGUUGGAAUUGCAGGGACUAGCCCGAGAUAUCAACUGUAUUCUGUGGUCAGCAGUAGGGGACACAAGCAACUGACAAGUGGAUGAUUGAGUACAGAGAUAUUGUACUGUUACCUACAUGGUGUCUCAAAAGGCAGUGUUCUUUUUUUUUCAAUUUACUAGGUUUUUGCAAAGGGUAGCUAGGCUACUUAGAUUCAUACAAAUUGUAUAAGUGUAAGUUUUAUUGUCCAUUUUUACAAAGCAAAGUGCAGGAAUGCUUAAUGAACUUAUAUGCAUUCUGAUCAAAUUAAAGUCGAACACAUAAAUCUUCUGAUCGGCCCAAUGUAA